AUGCUCAUGUUUCCACAGUUAUUAGGAUGGAUGCACCGGAAACUACGCCACACGGGUAGAGAGCAGUCAACGACUUUCACCGAAAAUCCCGCUUCCUAUUCAGCAAGGACAUUACUUGAUGAGCAGUUGUUCCCUGCUGAAUCAACUUAUGGCUUCACACGGCCAAUACAAUCCAACAAGAAAUGUUCAGAGUUAUUAAACAUAACAAAGGAAAUUGGAGAUGAGAUCCAUGAAAAAGAUUCACAUGAUGAGUUCUUCCAUGGCUUUCUGGCAAUUGGCACUUUUGGUUCAGAAUCAAUUGACAAGUACCCACCAACACCAACGUUCUCCAUGUCUUUUCAGAACUCAAAUGACAAAAUGAUAAACAUCAUUGAAGAUGAAGUGAUGCUCAUAAACAAGGAGAUAGAGAAGUUCCUAAGUGAUGAGGCCAAAGAGGUUAACGAUGAAUCGUCAGGAAGAAGCAGCCAAGUAACCAUCGUUAGCUAUAGCAACGAGCAGAUGAAGGAUGGAAAUACAGAUGAGAGGUAUUCAGCUAAUUAUCCACUUCAAAAGUAUCUAAUUGGCGAUUCAAUUGAAUUGCCAGUAGCAGAUAUAGGAUCAAAGAAAGAAAAGAUGUCACUCGAGGAGUUCUUCAGCAUGAGUGACAGAAAUCCGGAGAACUCUGUUAACAAAUGCAAUUCUCCCGAUAAACAACAAAAGAAAGGCUAUGCAACGCGUUUCGUGAAGAAUAUUCUAAAGAGAGCCCAUUCAACAGCAAUGAGUUGUACAACCGGUUCCACUGAUUGCAAUGAACAAGCAACUAAACCUAGAGCAAUCAAGAAGAAAUUCCCAAAGGUCCUAAAUCCUAAAUUCUUUCACGGAAAAGUACAUCCAGAAGAAAUGAUACCACAGAAGCAAUUAACCAUGUCAAAGAAAGAGAAAAUCACAAAAGUUUCAGGUAAGGCCAACAUCUCUAAUGCAGAAGAACGAGAAAAGAAAAGGCCUACUGAGAUUGGCAGUAUUAAGAAGGAAAUAUUCAAUUCUACACCAGAUUCUCAAAUGAUAAACAGUCAAGGGACAAUGCUGAACAAGGAGCGCUGGAUUAAAACAGAAGUUGACUACUUGGUGCUGGAGCUGUAG